AGCCUCCUCCGCUUCGCUUCCGUUGCCAAAGCUUCCCCAGCUCCCCCUCCCAAGUCUCGUCUGCGUAAACCGGCGCCCCUCUCGCUCGACCACUUCAUCCAACGCCAACGCGUGAUUCAUCUAUAUCGCGACAUUCUCCGCUCCAUAUACCGGCACAUGCUCUCCCCGCAGAGAGACGAGAGCGUGGCGUAUGCGAAGGGCGAGUUCGCGCGAAACAAGGAUGUCAAGGAAAUUGAGAGGAUACGGUAUCUGAUCAGCACGGGGAAAGCGGAGUGGGACGGCCUGAGAAGGAGUGUUGAGGGGAUGGAACCG